AUGUUGGGCCCCUUUUUGGCAUCCGUGAAAAGGACGGGGAUCGCGGUCGAAGGCGUCGAGAAAUUGGUGUUGAGAAAAAUAUGUUGGUAUUUGGCCUUGUCUCCUCAUGAUCCUAUGCAGUCUAGAGAAGGCCACAUAAGUGCAGUCGACCGGUGGACUUUGGGGAUUCAUUUUUACGAGCUGCUGUUUGGGUGGACUCCUUUUAAGGGGUUGGGUAAUCGGGCGACCCUUUUCAAUGUGGUCGGGCAGCCGCUGAAGUUCCCGGAGGCUCCCACGGUUAGUUUUGCUUCCCGGGAUCUUAUUCGGGGGCUGCUCGUUAAGGAGCCGCUGGCGUAUAGACGUGGGGCAACCGAGAUCAAGCAGCACCCGUUUUUUCAGAGCGUGAAUUGGGCUUUGAUAAGGUGUUUCAGCCCUCCGGAGGUGCCAUUGCGGUUUGUGAUGGGCUAA